UCAUCCAGUUCCAUGUCAACGACCUUCAUCGCUGGUCGAGAAGUAACGAUUGGAGAGCCUUCUUUUGAUGAUGGCAAUGUAAUACUAGUAACGGUGGAAGAACCAACAGCCUUUCGUCUGCACCGCGGAGUCCUUGCUCGCCAUUCAGAUGUUUUUGAAGACAUGUUUGAGGUCGCUGGACCUACAGUAGAUGGUACCUUGAGCGAUACUCCGCAAGCGGUACCAAUGUACGACAACCCAAGCGACCUUUCCAGCUUAAUCAAGGCGCUUUAUGACGGUGUAACCUCUGAUCCGACGGAUCCUACAGACUUCUUUCAACUUGCAGGGGUUCUGCGCCUUUCAACCAAAUAUUUCGCCAAUCGCAUCAGGUCACAGGUCAUCCAAUUGUUGUUGAAGACCUGGACAUCGACUCUUGAAGGUCACGAUGAAAUGGUGAAGAAGGCUCUCGCGGCCCCUGUGGUGAACAACCUAACAUACCCCUACGUCCACCCACUGCACGUCCUCAACUUGGCGCACGAAACCAACACACAGAUCCUGAAGCCUUCAGCCUACUACUUCCUUUCUGUUUAUCAAUUACAGGAGCUUUUGGAAGGCAAACAUCCAAAGUUAGCUGUGAAGCACCCAUCCCGACCGGCCUCGACACUUAGCCCCGCCGAUAUCCGUGACUAUACCCUAAUGUACCAAUAUCGUAUCACUUCUGUCCUGGACUUCAUUCGCGGAUUUUGCCAUCGAUAUACGUCAAAUCCUAAAUGCGGGGAGGUUGAGGUCUGCGGUCGGCAGUUCGCCCAUCUUGUCGGUCGACUACACCGUUCAUGGCAGCCAAAGACAGGUGCUCUUUACUUCAUACGCCAAGUCAUUGGAGAGGCACGGUCCACUGCAAGUAUAUGCUCUCUGUGCCGUUCCGACUUCGUCUCGAAGGCAGAACAGCUUCGGCUGGAACUUUGGGACCACCUUCCUUCCGUUAUAGGGUUACCAAGUUGGUCAGAGUUGCAGGAGAGAGACCUGGCAGUGUAA